GUAAAUGGAGUGGAAAGAAGACAAAUAAGGAGAGAGAACAUGAGGGAGGAAGAGAAGGGGUAGAAAAGUGACUCAGGAAGUCAGCAGGGGAAGUUUUUGUGGUUUUUUGCGUCACUGUCACUCUGGUGCUGCUCAUGCUGAAACAAGAACUGAUCAGCAAGAAGGGGAACCCAGGUGUGACGAGGUAGUAAACGCAGCACCAAACAGCAAGAGAGGACGCGUGGCCCGUGGUGCCCGCAGAUCUCAGACAGCACGUUUAAAACACGGAAGAGCAAGACGGCCAAACCACAGGACCACACAGCGCUGCGAAGAGAGCCUGCGUAACUGUCGCCAAUUGAUGUUAAGGAGCGACACGGCACAGACAGGGGAGCGAUGCGGAGAGGAAAGCGAAAGGCCGGCAACAGGGACAAAGUCUUCGGCUGUGACCUGUUGGACCACCUGACAGCUUCUUCCCAGGAGAUACCACUGGUACUACGGUAUUGCAGUGAGUUUAUCGAAGAGCAUGGAGUCGUGGAUGGAAUUUACCGGCUGUCUGGAGUAUCUUCCAAUACUCAGAAGCUGAGGAUGGAGUUUGAUGAGGGCUCCCCAGACCUCAAUAAGGAAGUGUACCUGCAGGACAUCCACUGCGUCAGCUCCCUCUGCAAGGCCUACUUCAGGGAGCUGCCCAACCCACUGCUUAUGUACCAGCUUUACGACAAGUUUGCCGAAGCAGUAUCCAUUCAUCUGGAGGAUGAAAGACUGGUGAAAAUCAAGGAUGUUCUGAAAGAGCUACCUACUCCCCACUACAGGACUCUGGAAUAUCUGAUGCGUCAUCUAGUGAGAAUGGCUGCUCACUCCUCGCAGACCAACAUGCACGCCAGAAACCUCGCCAUUGUGUGGGCACCCAAUCUGCUCAGGUCGAAGGACAUUGAAGCAUCAGGUUUCAAUGGCACAGCUGCGUUCAUGGAGGUGCGUGUCCAGUCCGUGGUGGUGGAGUUCAUCUUGACCCAUGUGGCUCAGCUAUUUCCAGAAGAAGGCAACACCAGCGAGCGCAGAGAGUCCCUGCCCAGACCAGAGUUCGCCUGCAUCGAUGAGAAGAUUAACCCUUUGCUGUUCGCAGGCACCAUCAGUCCCGGCAAUGGCCCUCUCCCCAUGCGGCCGUACCACGCCAUCAUCGACAGCACCGAUAAGAGGAAAGGCUCUCUGAAGAGCAGGAAGUGGACGUCCAUCUUUAAUCUGGGGAGCAAGCUUAAUGAGAAGAAGAAUAAGUGUUCCAGAAAAGAAAAAGAGAAGACCAUCCUCAGACCUGCCAAAAGCAUGGAUUCAUUGAGUUCUGUGCCCCCCUCUCAGGAAGGACAUGGGAAGCGGUCGGACCAAUGCCUCCUGUCGUCUCCCAGUCAGCAGCUGACGGUAACAUCAGGAGGUGGCGAGUCAGGCGGCCUUGCGGUCUCUUCCGGUGGAAUGGGCAGCAGCUAUGCGGUGACAUACCGCAGGGGAGGAGGUGCCAGUGUGAGUAUGGUGAGCGGAGGGGGCACCCCCGGCACCUACAGUCGACUGGACUCUGGGAGCAGCCUGGCCACCGUCUUAACGGACCGCCCGAUACCUAGAUCCCCCGCUGCCUCCAGCAGGGCUGAGCGCCGAGCCGGCAUCCACAUCUCAGGGCCUUUCUCUGUCACCGUGCCCCUGCACAUCACAUCGGGCUUGGCCCUGGGAGUCCUACAAGGUUCGGUGGGAGAAAAGGGGGAGGAGCCAGGGGGUCAGAGAGGAGAGGACAAGGAGCAAGGCAGGAAGGAGAAGAAAGACGAGUCCCAACAGCAGGCGAGAAAGGGGGCGCAAGAGGGCAAGGGAGGUGGGGAUGGAGAGGAGAGUCUGGAAGAAGAAGAGGCUGCAUCAAAGAAUGGGCAGAGAAGCAGGAAAGAUGGUGAAGAAGGAGAAGCAUGCAGGCAAGGCACUGAGGAGCAGAUAGAGAGGGCUAUCAAUGGACUGAGUGUGGAGGAGCGUCCAUCAAAGGCCAGAGGAGAGAGAAGAAAGGAAGCAAGUGAAGGUGAGGGAAGAUCAGAUGCUGGAAAGCCACCCGAGAACAAAGAGGAACAAGAAGAUGAUGAGGAGCAGGAGUAUAUGGACAUGAAAGGCAGUACACCGCUCUAUGACGACUCUCAGGACCUGCCGCUGGACUUCCAGGAUACAUUUGGCUUCCUUGAUGUCCUGGACAACAUGACAUCAAAUCAGGUGAACGAGUUCUCUGUAGAGCCCCCAUGUUAUGACACAGAAGAAGAGGAGGAUUUGAGAGAUGAAGAGAAGGAACAGCGAGCACCCAGUUUGUCCUGCCAGCAGCUGGAGCACGUCCUUGAAGAGGCGAAAGAAAGUGACCCCCCCAGAGAGCAGGACAAAGAGGAGACCGAGAUGCCCGUCCAGCUACGGCAGAAAAACCAUCAGCUGGGCUUCACCCCGCAUAACCGGGCCUGCAAGUCACAGAGCUUACCCUACAAAGCAGGUCUCUUCCUCCCAAUGGGCAUCGAUUUUAACAAAGAUGAUGAUGAUGAUGAUGAUGAUGAUGAUGAAAGCGAAGAUGACGAAGAAAGUGAAGAAGAAGAUGAUGAUGAUGAAGACAACAUGCUAUUCUUUAGUCUGCCAUCCAGCAUGACAUUCCACAGUCAGUGCCAGAAAGAUAUGGAACACACUGUGACCCAAAACAUUGAAGAUGGCCGCACCUCCCAGCUAUGUCCGGCAGGGGGCGAUGGUACCGGACUCAGCCCGAGUGCUGAGGACUUAGAGGCAGUUGUGAAGGAGAGAACAAUGGAGCCACCAGGCUUAGGGUCAGCUGUCAAUGCAGAAGCAGCAGGGACAGCGGUGGGCCAUGACGAGGCCGAGGGUGAAGAUAACAGACCGGAGCAGACAGAGGACACAGAGCAGGGAGACCCAGCAAUGGAAACACACAGACAGCGUGAUGAAGAAGAGUACGAGAAAGAGGAAGACUGCUGUGAUGUCAGAGGGACUCCGACCAGGUCUGAGGAUAGCCACGACCACAUGGAGGCUCCUGAGGGGGCAGAAAGUGGUUCACAGAUGGACACUGUGCAGAAGAAGCCUGAGGCUACGGAGGCUGACACUGAAAGAGACGAUCCUGAAGGCUCCGAAGAUCAGCGCGUCGAUUUAGCGGACUCAGCGGGUGGCACUACACUGGAAGAGGAAGCUCUCAGUUUGAGUAUGCAGCCUACAACCCCAUCUGGAACAGAGGACGUUUCUCCUCCUGGGACACCUUCUGACUUGCCACUUCUGUUCCCGAAUCCUUCUGAGAUGCCACCAGAGGAUACUGUUGUUAAAGAGGAGACUGUAGCCGUCACUGAGGAUGCCGCGGCUGGGAUUUCUACCGAGGGGACAGAAGCUUGCCUUCCCUCCAAGAAUGCGGAGGAGGAACCUGAAAGCUCCACUGAGAUGACAGAAGAAGGAGAGAGAGAGGCAGCUACCGACACAGAGGGAGAGGGAGAGGGAGAGGGAGAGGGAGAGGGAGAGGGAGAGGGAGAGGGGGGAGGUGAGGCCCAAAUUAGGGAUGAUAUGCAGGAGCAGCAGGACAGCAAAGAAAUACAUGUUGAUUCCUCAGGGCAAGAUGACGAUGACGAUGCAGGGAUGACAGAAACUGAUGGAGCAUCAGAAGUAUCUGAUACUGAGGAACAAUACAAUGAAUCUGAAAUCAACAGCAAUAUCCGGGAAACUAAUAAGGAAAUUAAAGAUGUAGAUGAUGAAUGGAGGGAGAGCAUUGGGGAGCCGAAGGUAGGACAGGAUGAGAAAGCUGAGAGGGCGAUGGAGAUCGGACCGGGGCUGUCGAGAACUUUGGUGGUGUCGAAACAAGCUCAGCCAAAAGUGUACAAGGCCAAGGCGGUGCCCGUCGUCCCGCCCAAACCCCAGCAGUCCAAACUCGCGGCCCUGAAUCUCCGACAGCAGCAGCUGCAAAGAGGGAGCGAGAGAGGGAAAGAGGGAGAGUGGCAGAGGAACCGGGAUAAGGAGAGAAACAGAGAGGGACAGGGGUCCAAGGAAGUAGACAGGGAGGUGAAGAGGAACAGUCCGAUCAGCAUGUAUUUUGAUCAGGCUGUUGCCAGGGCAACCGAGAGAAGAGGGAGGGAGAUGGAAGACAGAGAGAGGGAGAGAGAGAAAGAAAGGGGGAUGGAUGAAGAAUGUGAGACAGAAGAGAAAGGGACUGAUGGAGAAUAAUGCAAAUGCACAGCAGGGGGCGAUAUUGCAUAGCCUGCAGAAAUUAUGUUCCACAUUCAUGGUGAACCACGAAUAAUAGAAGGUAAGAAUAUGUAAAACAGAAGUAUGUGCAGGAAAAAUAUGAAGGAAUGUAUUCUGUGUACUGUAUUAGUGAAACUGUUCCGCUAAACCAUCCAUCUCCCAUCUAUGUAUAAGAAAGACGAAAGCACAAAGAAAACAGUUAAUAGUUGUAGGUGAUUAUAGUCGAUAAAGUUAUUCAGAUCCAGUUACAUCCACUUAGGUAGCAGAGUUGUAGUACAGUCCGGUAAUCCCAGAAAUAACUUUUGGAUAUAUUUUCAGGCACUUCAAAUGUUUUAUGUUCAAAUAUUGUCAUCCCCAAAAUCUGAAAUUCAAAAUGAUCAUGGUUUAUUGUAAAAUGUAAAAAUGUAUUUUUACUGAAUUGUACCGCUAAAUUUGUAUUAAUAACCUUGGCAUUACAACUGUAUUUUUUGUAUGUUUCCGUGUUUUAUACAAUAAAGUUAUUCUAUGUUUUAAUCAGA